AUGUCUACAAAUCCCACUCGUGGAAUCUACGGCUAUCUUCAAAUGUCUGGAUGUGCGGCUGGUGAGAAAGAGAUUUAUCAGCAUUCUUGGGUUGACGUCUGGGGAGAUGAUGAUGAAGAGGUUGACGAGAAGGAAUCGGAUCUAGGUUAUGUUGCUGCUCGGAUAGAAAAGGUCAAAGGGUGGCUGGAGGAUACAAACAAUAUUGAAUUGAGUAAUGUUUGA